AUUUUUUACUUGUUUACAUAGGCUGGCGGCAGCUUGUUCUAUACAUUUCACAACCAGAUUUUUAUUAAUUUUUUAAAAUUACUAAUAUAUAUUAGAAAAGUUACAGAAACGUUAGUUCAGUAUGGCAAAUGUAAUGGACAUCGAUGGAAGCUUGCUUGAAGGGGGCGGACAAAUUCUCCGGAUGGCUCUCUGUUUCAGCAUAUUGUGCAAAAAGCCCAUCCGGGUGUUCAACAUUCGUGCAGGGCGAAAGAAGCCCGGUCUAAUGGCACAGCACUUGAAAGGUAUUGAACUACUCAGGGAAAUUUGCAACGCUCAGGUCCGAGGUCUGGAGCUGGGCUCGACGGAGGUUGAGUUCCAUCCGGGUGACAUCGGACGAGGAAAGUUCGUGGCCCAUGUCCAGACGGCCGGUAGUGUGAGCUUAUUGUUGCAAGCGGCACUGCCGGUGGCCAUAUUCGGGUCCGGUCCGAUAACGCUGGAUCUUAAGGGGGGCACCAACGUGGAUAUGGCCCCACAGGUUGACUUUAUGACGGAAAUCUUUCGACCGAACAUGGAGAAGUUUGGGGCAACGUUCGACUUUGACAUGUUCCGAAGGGGAUACUUUCCUAAGGGAGGAGGCCACUGUGUGGCUCACAUCAAGCCAGUGCGGUCUCUGAAGCCGGUGACGCUGGUAGAUUUCGGAGCCAUCAACAAAUGCUUCGGAUGGAGUUUUGUUGCCGGGGCUGUUCCUAUUAGGGUGGCUAAGGAUUUAGCCGACGGUGCCAAAAAUAUGUUGAAACGCAUCUAUCGGGACGAGAUUGACAUUGAGGAGUACAGAGAGAGUGUCGAUAUGGCUCCAGACAACUGUUCUGGUAUAAUCUUAGGCAUUCAAACUACCACCGGGGUAGUGAUGGGUGGUGCUUCUUUGGGCAAUCGCAAUAAGGACGCCUUCCGGACCGGCGAAGAAGCCGCCAACGUAAUAAAGUCUGCCUACAAGGUGCGAGCGUGCGUCGACCAGCACGUGCAAGACAUGUUGAUAGUGCUGAUGGCAUUGGCCGACGGUCGAAGUCGCAUCAAAACGGAGCCACUUACGCUCCACACACAAACCGCUAUCCACGUGGCGGAGCUGAUGACUAAGACGAAGUUUACUGUUACUGAACAAGAGAACGAAGGGGUCAUCAUAGAAUGCGAUGGCAUAGGAUAUCAAAAUCAUAAUUCGUAGGACAUUGAAAAAGUUUGCUUGACUUUUCACCAUUAUAUUCCAAAAGUUUUGAUCAAAUCUUGAUCAAUUCUAAAACUAAAAUGUGUUUUAUG